AUGGACAGCUACCAGCAAUCCGACGCAAGCACUCCGGUGGAGCCUUGCUCCCCAGGCUGCGUGGACACGCCCGCAACGCAAUCGUCCGUCUUGUUUGAUGGUCAUCUGGACGAUCUUCUGCGCCACUUCCCUCUCGACCAGUACAUCCUUGUCACUGGCGGCCUCGGCUUCAUUGGCAGUCACACAACGUUGGAACUGCUCAAGGCCAAUUAUAAUGUUAUUGUGAUCGACAACCUCAGCAACUCCUUUCAGAUCGUCUUCGACCGCAUCAAGCUGUUAGCGUCCAAGUACCAUGAGCAGCAGGGGACCAAGAUGCCGUCGCUGCACCUGCAUGCGCACGACUACCGCGACACUGCUGCUCUCCGGGACCUUUUAGAACAACAGCAGACUCAGACCCGAUGGGGGACGACCAAGUCUAAGAUCUCGGGUGUCAUCCACUUCGCUGCCUACAAGGCAGUGGAGGAGAGCAUCCGUAACCCACUCAAGUACUAUGCGAACAACGUCAGCGGCCUCAUCGACUUUGCCACGACCCUGGGCGACUAUGGCAUCAAGACCUUCAUCUUCUCCUCGUCAGCCACCGUGUACGGCACCUUGGCAACCUCCGGUCUCCCCCUGAAGGAAGAGCUCUGCACUCACAAGGAGGAGAUCUAUGCCGACCAUGACGGGAGUGAACGCAUCGUCCAGCCCGGCUGUACAGGCAUCACCAACCCCUAUGGCCGUACCAAAUGGAUCUGCGAGGCCAUUCUGGCGGACCUCGCCGCCUCCGACCCAGAAUGGACCAUCGUCGCUCUGCGGUACUUCAACCCCAUCGGCUUCAUGACCGGCGAGUACAAGGAGCUGCAGAUGUUCGGCACGGACUGGGAUACCGAGGACGGCACCGCAGUCCGGGACUUCAUUCACGUCACCGACCUUGCGCGCGGCCACAUCGCGGCCCUCAGCGCGGCCAACGAAGGCAAACUGGCCGAGAACUUCCGCACGUUCAACCUGGGAACCGGUCGCGGACACUCCGUCAAAGAAGUAGUCGAGACCAUGGAGGAUGUCUCCUCCAAGCACAUCCCCCGAAGGGCGGCCGAUCGCCGCGCGGGUGAUGUUGGCUCGUGUGUCGCCGUGGCCGCAAGGUCGCAGCAGGAGCUCAACUGGAAGACGGAAAAGUCACUCAAGGAUGCUUGUACCAACCAAGCCAGCCCCAUCACCACCACCGCAUUCCACAAACUCCCCCUCGUCGCCGCCGCCCCAGAGCAUCCAACCUGA